AUGUCCAUCGUGAGUCAUCCACAGGAGAUAUUGAAUAUUCUACAAUUGAAUAGAGGAGCUCUUUCCAGAAGAGGUCGCCAUCUGAAGGGACGAAAUUUAUUUAGAGCGGUUAUCAAGAGAGAAGGUUCACGGGUGGGAGAAGAAGACUCCUUUGUAAUCAAUUCUGCCACUGAACAUUUUUGGAGAAUUUUAACUCCCAGGCAAAAAACAUAUUACCGAGAUAUGGCGGCAGAAAAUAUCGAGAAAAUCGGCAGUCUACGUAAAAGGACAUGUCUUCACUUUCAAUAUGCUAAUGUCAAAUCCAAAGACGAACUUGUAUCGGUUGCGGUGACUCAGACUCGAGAUAGAAAAUUACAUUUAGACGGUUAUCAAUUGUAUUCCAUAAAAGUACAAGCAUUAGAAUAA